AUGUUGGACCAUAGAUGCAACUCUCAGUUCACUUUAGGAAUUGUUAGUCAAAAGUGGUUAGAAUGGAAGUUCGAAGAGAAGGUGAGGCAAAAUCCUACUAUUGGUUAUUCAGAGUUGAGCAAGACAAUUAAAGAUGAGUUCUCCAUCAAUGUCACAGUGAGUAUGUGUAGAAGGGCAAUAACGGGGAUUCUUAAAAAGUUGGAUAUAGGGUAUGAGACUCAAUUCAAGAGGCUUAGAGAUUAUGCUCAAGAGUGUUUAAAUUCAAAUCCAGGUUCCACUGUGAAGAUUAAAACUACAAGAACUGUCCCUACAUCACCCAUGGUGUUUGAGAGGAUUUAUGUGUGCUUUCAUGCAAUGAAGAUGGGGUUCUUGGCAGGGUGUAGGAAGUUUAUUGGACUGGAUGGGUGCUUCUUGAAGGGAAAGUUGAAGGGUGAAAUCCUCACAGCUGUUGGAAAGGAUGGGAAUAAUCAGAUGUAUCCAAUUGCUUGGGCUGUAGUUGAAAUUGAAAAUAACUCUUCAUGGAGAUGGUUUUUGGAGCUUCUGAAGGCAGAUUUGGACAUUACAAACAGCAGUGAAUGGACUCUAAUGAGUGAUCAACAAAAGGGAUUGUCCAAUGUCAUUCAAGAUCUAUUCUCUGGAGUUCAACAUAGAAACUGUGCUAGGCAUGUGCAUGCCAAUUGGAGUAAGAGGCACAGAGGGAAGGUACUAAAGACUCAUUUCUGGCAGAUUGCAAAGACCCCAAAUAAAGCACAACUAGCUGAAAACUUGAAGGCUUUAGAGAAAAUAGAUGUUGCUGCCCGUGUUGAUCUUGACAAAUAUCCCAUGCAAUCAUGGUGUAAGGCUUACUUCAAAGAAGAUGUGAAGUGUGACAUGGUAGAUAACAACUUGAAUGAGGCAUUCAACAAAACUUUGUUGAAUGCAAGGUCAAAGUUCAUAAUUCCAAUGCUUGAGGAUAUAAGGGUUGCAACAAUGAAGAGGGUGGAAAAGAAAAAAGUUUGGGUUGAAAAUUGGAGAGGGAAUUAUGGCUCAUUGGUCUUGAAGAAACUGAAUGAGAGCAUACUUGGGAGUGUAGGUUGGGAAGUGAUAUUCAAUGGAGUUGAGGGAUAUGAGAUUAAAAAGGGCACAUUACAGUUCAAGGUAAAUUUGCAAUUGACGAGUUGUUCUUAUAGGUUGUGGCAGUUGAGUGGGAUUCCAUGUCGUCAUGGCAUUUGUGACAUAUUUCAUAAAGGACAUCAACCUGAAGAUUAUAUACAUGAAUGCUAUAGUAAGGGGCUCUACUUGAAGACAUAUGAGCAUGUAAUCCAACCAUUGAAUGGGGAGAUUUUUUGGCCAAGGAUUGAGGGUGAAGAGCUCCAUGCACCUGUACCAAAGAAGAUGACUGGCAGGCCAAAGAAAAAAAGAAAGCUUGAAGAAACUGAAAAGAACAAGAAAAAAAUGAGUGAAGAGGUUAGCAAGUUGUCUAGAAAGGGAAGGAUUAUGACAUGUCAGCUAUGCAAGGGAAAGGGACAUAAUAAACGAUUUUGUCCAACACUUUCAAGCCAACAAGGAGAAUCUGCUAUUAGAACACCUGUUGCUGUUAGGGGGAGAGGGACAGGGAGAGGAAGAGGAAGAGGUAGAGGAAGUGCAAGACUGACAGACUUGUCUCAAGAAAGUUUUGUUGGAACAUCAGCUUGCAUAGAGUGA